GCGGCUGUUUAUCGAUUUGUUAUAUGUAUACCAUUAUACAUUUUUAAUGGGAAAGGAAAAAAAAAAAAAAAAAAACAGUUACCCUCUCAAGUGAAAGGAAGAGCAGGCCUACAAGUCCUGUAGAUGAGCAAACAUGCGUUUGUAUGCAUUUACACGCAAACGCGUUUGCAUGUGAAAAAUCCCCAGGCAGCUAGCGAAAAGGUGUUCUUUCGAAAGCGUGCUCUUAUGAAAACGACGCCCUUGCGAUCCCUGCUAAUUUUAAAUAGGUAUUGUAGCCACAUUGCGCGAGAGCUUUUGCAUCGCUUUUGCAUCACUUUUGCCCCCUUCCCCAUUUCGCGCCCUGCGUACCUCGCGAGGCAGCCCCUGCUUAUGUUCGUCCCCUCACCCCCGCAUGUUUAGUAGUGUAUGUACCCUCACGUGUGGCAUCUGACUCUUUUGCAAAGCAUUUUACUGUGACGCUUUACACCCGUUCUUCCCGCGUGACCGCGUGUACGCACCUCCCUGCGCAACGUUUUCCACUCCUACGUGGGAACCCCCACCUGUGGCAGUGUAGCAGCGUGGCAGCGUAGCAACGUAGCAGCGUAGCAACGUAGCAGCACAGCAACGUAGCAGCGCAGCAACUUCACAACUUCAUAACCGCUUAACCGCACCUCCGAUCAACCGCGAAACUUCCCCCCCGAGAAAACAUGCGCCAACUCAGCUACUUCCACUUCCUUUUGUUUUUCGCGCUCCUGAACCCGUCGAUCAAAUUAAUAAGGAGCUUCAGUUUCUACCACAACUUGGAAGCCUCGAGCGCCCCCACGCACCUGAAGAAGAAGCCCCGCAUGGUGUACGACCUCAUAGUUAUUGGAGGCGGCAGUGGCGGCAUGGCCGCCGCCAGGCGAGCAGCCAGGAACAAGGCCAAAGUUGCGCUCGUGGAAAAGGCCUACUUGGGAGGCACUUGCGUGAAUGUCGGCUGCGUGCCGAAGAAGAUAAUGUUCAACGCGGCGUCCAUCCACGACAUCCUGGAGAACUCGAGGCACUACGGAUUCGACACGCAGUUCUCCUUCAACCUGCCGCUGCUAGUCGAGAGGAGGGACAAGUACAUACGAAGGCUGAACGAUAUCUAUAGGCAAAAUUUGAAGAAGGACAACGUGGAGUACUUCGAGGGCAAGGGCAGCCUGCUCAGCGAGAAUCAAGUUUUGAUAAAAAAGGUGAGCCAAGUUGAUGGGGAGGCAGACGGAGUGGCGGAUGACGAAGCGGCGUCGGACGGAGUGUCAGCCGGAGUGUCAGCUGAAGAGAACGACCAGGUGAUCGAGGGAAAGAACAUCCUCAUUGCAGUGGGCAACAAGCCAAUAUUCCCAGACGUGAAGGGAGUAGAGCAUACCAUUUCGAGUGACGAUUUUUUCAAAAUAAAGGAAGCCAAAAGAAUAGGAAUCAUAGGCAGCGGAUACAUAGCAGUGGAGCUCAUCAACGUUGUUAGGAGGCUAGGCAUAGAGUCCUACAUAUUUGCCAGAGGAAACAGACUGCUCAGGAAAUUCGACGAAACGGUUAUUAACGAGUUAGAAAAUGAUAUGAAAAAAAAUAACAUUAACAUUAUUACCCACGCAAAUGUGGAGGAAAUUGAAAAAGUGAAGGAGAAAAAUUUAACCAUCUAUCUGUCAGACGGAAGGAAGUACGAGCACUUUGACUACGUAAUUUACUGUGUUGGCCGAUCCCCAAACACGAAGGACCUCAAUUUGGAGGCGCUCAACAUAAAGACUCAGAAGGAUUACAUUCUUGUGGAUGAUAAUCAGAGGACAAGUGUGAAGCACAUUUAUGCCGUAGGUGACUGUUGCAUGGUGAAAAAGAACCAAGAAAUUGAAGAUUUGAAUUUACUUAAACUGUACAAUGAAGAGCCCUAUUUAAAGAAAAAGGAAAAUACUUCUGGAGAGUCAUAUUACAAUGUGCAACUAACCCCAGUGGCUAUUAACGCUGGGAGGUUACUAGCCGAUAGACUUUUUAUGAACAAAUCUAGAAAAACGAAUUAUAAAUUGAUACCAUCUGUUAUCUUUUCCCACCCCCCAAUUGGAACCAUCGGAUUUUCAGAGCAGGAAGCUAUUGACAUAUAUGGAAAGGAGAAUGUAAAAGUCUACGAAUCGAGAUUUACGAAUUUGUUCUUUUCCGUUUAUGACAUGGACCCUGCGCAGAAGGAGAAGACGUACCUCAAGCUGGUCUGCGUUGGAAAGGAGGAGCUAAUUAAGGGGCUUCACAUCGUCGGGUUGAAUGCCGAUGAAAUUAUACAGGGCUUCGCCGUCGCCUUGAAGAUGAAUGCCACGAAGAGGGACUUCGACGAGACCAUCCCCAUCCACCCCACGGCGGCCGAGGAGUUCCUCACCAUGCAGCCCUGGAUGAAGUGAAACCCCGCGGUGGGAGCGGUCACCCCCAGUUUGGUUGCCUACACAUCCAAACGUUAGUCGACUGCUGCAUUGGGGAACUUCCCCCAUUUAGCGCGGCAAACAGUUGCCCCCUCCGCCGCACUACCGCGAUACCGCUUUGCCACAU